CAUAUAGGAAGCGGUAUGUGAGGCAGUAACAGUUUCUCACAUGGGUGAGUGUGGCUGUUAUCCAAGACACGUGGGUCUAGCAAAAGGAGCCAUUUGGCGAGGGUGUCGGGGCCCUGAGGAGGGGUGGGGGUAGGGGAGCGGGGGUGGGCGGGCGGGGGCCGUACCCGCCCCCGGGCCGCGGCGGGGCGGUGCUGGCGGCGCGGCGGCCGCCGGCGUUAAGACCCAGAGGCUGCUCUGCUGUGGAAGGAAAUGUUGCUUUUUGGGAGCUUGAGAAAUCCCCCCGCACGGGCCGUGAGGCGAGAGGAGGGAAGCCAGUCACCUGGCGGUGAAGGACAGUAAAACAGGAACGCAGGGGGAAAUCUCUCCCUCUCUCCCUUCUCUCUUCUGCAAGAGAUCCACCUCCUGUUUUUCUCCCAACUCUUUUAGCAUAACCUUCAAAGAAGACCAUCCCCUACAGACUUUUAUUAUUAUUAUUAUUAUUAUUAUUAUUAUUAUUAUUAUUAUUAUUAUUAUUAUUAUUAUUAUUGAGAGAAUACCUUUAGCUGCAACACAAUUUUCGAGACUAUGCAGGACUUGGGGGAUUUUGUUAUCUUGUCAGCGAAAUUGUUCAUCGCUAAUAUCUUGCGUUCACAGGGUGCUAAAUUAGCUACCAGAGUAGGCAUGACGGAGAAAGGCUUAUAUCAUGUACUAUUCUCUUCAGUUUGAACACAUUUGCUUGAAAUUUGCUGCAUGAUGCUGUCCAGGGAAGCAGGAUUUUUUCUCGGGAUGCAGCGAUUCGCCGGUUUCUGAGCUUAUUGCAGAAGAAAAAAUAAUCUUUAAACUGAGUGGAUUUUUUGUAUGUGUGCUGUCUCCUCCUUUCUUUGCCAGAGGACGUGAAUCUCGUUCACCAGGGAAGGAUCACCUGUCGCUUUAAUCCUUGAGGGAGUUAUUAUUUUUUUUAGAAAAGUGAAAUAUUUAUUUGUUUAUUUAUUUAUUUAUUUUAACCGGUGGAGGCGUGAUCGCGGAGAAUGAGACUGAGGGGAGCUGCCAGGGUUUGGAGGACAAGGCUGAGUUUAGACUGGAAACUGAGAGACUAGAUUCCCCCCUCCUUUUUUUUUUUUUUUUUUUUUUUUUUUUUGGCAGAACUUCCCUAGUUUCCCAUCCGCUCCGCUCAGUUUCGUUCUAUGGACAGAUCAGCAAACCUGGACACGGAGGAGCUCAAGAUGGAUGAAAAGUGGAUAAUUACAAGUGAGGAAGUCAGAAGACCUGGUGCUAUGACACGAGAGCAGUAUAUAUUAGCAACACAACAGAACAGCCUUCCAAGGACAGAACAUCCUCAGUUUUACCCCGUAGGCAUUUAUGGAUGGCGAAAGAGGUGCUUAUACUUCUUUGUCCUUCUGCUGUUGGUUACCAUGAUUGUUAACUUAGCAAUGACAAUAUGGAUUUUGAAGGUUAUGAAUUUCACAGUGGAUGGAAUGGGAAAUUUGAGAGUCACUAGAAAAGGAAUACGGCUUGAAGGAAUAUCUGAAUUUCUACUUCCACUGUAUGUGAAAGAAAUCCAUUCCCGAAAGGAUAGCCCGCUGGUCUUACAGUCUGACAGAAAUGUAACAGUGAAUGCAAGAAAUCACAUGGGACAGUUAACUGGACAACUGACAGUAGGAGCUGAUGCUGUGGAGGCCCAGUGUAAGAGAUUUGAAGUGAGGGCAAGGGAAAGUGGAAAAGUAUUGUUUUCUGCAGACGAAGAUGAGAUUGUCAUUGGAGCUGACAGACUGAAAGUAACAGGCACGGAAGGGGCAGUGUUUGGGCACUCUGUGGAGACACCCCAUAUCAGAGCAGAACCUUCCCAAGACCUCAAACUUGAAUCUCCUACUAGAUCUUUGGUGAUGGAAGCACCCAGGGGAGUACAAGUCAAUGCAGCUGCAGGAGAUCUAAAGGCUACCUGUAGGAAAGAACUGCACUUACAAUCCACAGAAGGCGAGAUAUUUUUAAAUGCAGAUACAAUCCGCCUGGGAAAUCUACCAGUGGGUUCGUUUUCCUCCUCCUCUUCUUCCUCCUCCUCACCCAGCUCUUCAGCUCCUCGCCAGACUAUCUAUGAGCUCUGCGUCUGUCCCAAUGGUAAACUUUACCUGUCCCCAGCAGGAGCAAGCUCCACAUGUCAAUCCAGUAGCAACAUCUGCUUGUGGAGCUAGAAUGACUCCAAUUUAUCCUCACACCAGAAUAGCCUUUCGUUACUGUCCCUCUGCUUCACAGUUCUGCUCGGUUUCCCUUGUGACAAGUUCAACGCUUCAAAUGGCCUGCAGAGCAACUUUUUCCAGUGUAAGCAGGAAUACAGCGCUGCCUUCUCUUGUGGUUUGUGUUGCCACUCAACGUAGAGAUGGGAGUGAGAUAUUCAGAAAUCAAUGUAUUCUUCAUCAGGAAACCUGGAACAUAAGAUCAUCUUUUGUCCAUAAGGGAGAAUAACACAGGUGCCUUUGCUACAUGAAGUGAAGCACAUAGUUUUAGAUUUUUGCAGGACCUGGAUGUGAACUGCACAUAUAUAUAUAUAUAUAUAUAUAUAUACAGUACAUAAACAAAUUCGCCCAGAAUCUGAUGAUGAGAUGAAUCGGUUCCCCCUGUAUGAUAAAUAACUUUACUGUCUGAAAGCACAAUUUUCCAUUCAUCUCUCUGGAUGUAAACUUUUAUCCCUGAAUUUUAAAAUUUUGAAGCAUUGUGUGAUGCUUGCUUUACUAAACAAUUAAAUUAAGUACAUGGUUUUUAACACAAAAAGAGACAGAAUCCUUCCCUGAGUUUGCUUUCUUUAAAAGUGUGUUGUUACUCUUUGUCUAUGAAGUCUAGGGUUUUGUACACUAGGUGAAUUUUGCAAGUGCUCAGCAAUAUUACCUUUCAGAGUUGAAAAACAUCUGCUCUUGUUGGCCUUAUACAGUAUUUUCGUGGCUACUACAUGUGAAGUGAUUGGAUUAAAUAGAACAUACAGUUUCUGGGAAAGAAGAACAGGGUGAAGAGGGAAAUACUGAUGACAUGAUUGUUGAUCAGUUUAUUGCUCUUCACAAGGUGUUUAUAAUUGGCAAAUUCUAAAACAAGAAAACCUUCAAAGGUACAUCUUGUCCAUCUUCUAGCUAUGUCUAACUGCUGCCAUUUGAACACAGUACAAAUGUUACUACUAAUGAAAUGUGUAAUGCUGAGAAGCAACGCACUAAUAACUGGUGUGACAUUCACAUUCAUUGUUCUGUUUUGUUUAUCAUCUGGUUCUAAGGUCUUCAAAGUAAUAGCAAUAUAUAUAAAAACACAUAUUAAAUGACAUUUAAUAUUAAAAAGUACAUUGAUAUUAUAUUGACUUCAUCAGGUCUGUGUUUAAAUUAUGCAGCUCCAUGUGCAUUCUAGUCUCACUACUGAAUUCCUUUUUUCCAAGUUUGAUGUGCGAUUUCUUUCUUGUAUCAAUGUCCAUAAUUGUUUGGCUUGAUUGGUAAUUGAAAUCUCAUUAAAAAUGCUUUGGUAUGCUGCUAGUAAAUUUAUCACAACAUUGAUUAACAAAAGUAUCUUGAAACUUGCAGAACCCAGGACUGUAAAACAGUAUAAAAAUGUUUCCUAUUGUGGAAGAUGGCUUGAUUACAUGAGGUAAGUGUGCUUUUUAAUUCUGUCCUUUAAAGUACAUUACCUAGCACAUAGCUUUAGAGGGUUCUGAAUGUAAGUGAAAUCUCCCAUGCAAUGACAGCUUUUGCAAGGCACUUAACAGGAGCCUCUAAGAAAGAUAGGGACAGACUUUUUACCAGGGCCUGUUACAAUAGGACAAGGGGUAUUGGUUCAAAACUAAAGAAGGGGAGAUGCAGGCCAGACAUGAGGAAGAAAUUUUUUUACUGUGAGGGUGGUGAAACACUGAAGAGGUUGCCUAGAGAGGUAGUGGAUGCUCCAUCCCUGGAGGCAUUCAAGGCCAGGCUGGACGGGGCUCUGAGCAACUUGAUCUAGUUGAAAAUGUCCAUGGUCAUUGCAGGGGGGUUGGACUAGAUGACUUUUGAAGGUCCUUUCCAAUUCAAACUGUUCUAUGAUUCUAAGCUAACGCUGAAGUAAGGGCAGAGAGUGCAAGUUGGGUAUUUCUACGCAAUAGCUUUUUUCUUAGAGAAAAAAAAAAAAAUGAAACAAGAAAACUAAUACUGUGAUUACAUUAAUAUUUUAUUGCCACCUAAUAAGGUUGAUUUUGGUUUCACUUCAGGUGAAAUUCACUCCUAUGCAGAAGACCAGCACAAGACGUGUCCACGGCUUGACUGGUGCUUGCCUUUCCUUUGGUUCUCUUCAGAGGCGUGAAUUUCACCCCAUAGCAAGAAUUCUAUUUUUGCUAUUUCUACCAGUUAAACGAAGAUUUUAAAUUGAUUAUUUUGUCUCUUCUGAAGAAGGCUGUUAAUAGAAGAUUUGUUAUUUCUUUGAGAAUUUUAUUCUUCCACUUGAAAAGAAAAUAUAUUAGAAAAUAUUGCAAGAAAAUAUAUUAGAAGCCUGAGGACUUUUCCUAAGACGGACAGAAAGAGACACAAAUGGCAAAGAAGACGAUAAUAAAAUAUAAGAAAGUGUAGCCAUACAAUAUACACUUAAAACUGUAGGGAAAUAGCCGUCUUUUUCUUAUGCACACAAAUAAUAGAAUGGUAGUGUGAAAGUCAUGUGGACAAAUAGUAUUCCAGGAGAAAAUGUAUAUAGAUCUGUAUGAGGACACAACUAUAUGUAUUCACUAUUUGUGCACACCUACAUACACUGGUUGCUUAAAAGAUGAACAAACAUUAUAGUGACCAAUCUAUUUGGUAAAUUAAACUGUGGCUUCUUACAAACUGCACACAAGUAGACUAAGAUUUCUUUUUUCCUCCUCAAGUAAACCCACAGAAUGGCUUGGAGAUUCUUGGUCAACUAUUUUCCAUUGAGAAUUUCUUGUUUGUUUGAUCUUCACCUCUCUGAUUAUGUAACUGUAAUAGGUAUGAAAAAGGUUUCUGCCCACUGGAUGGAAACACCCAACCUUUAUAAAUUUUGCACAAACUUGGGUGGGAUAGGCAGGUAGAAAAAAGCAAACAAAACACACAUACCAAAAACCAAAACCACACCUUUUGUUACUAGUUUCAUUUUAAUAGCAAGGCUGGAAUAAUUUGUUACUUUGUAUGAAGAAAAUUCAAGGCAGAGGUGCAAAUGGCAUAUUGGACUCAACAAAAGCAAGCCAGUAAGUCCGCAUAGCUCCGCACUGUCAGGAUUUUCCAUUCAGUCUGAAGUAGAGAGUAUUUGAGAGCUUCAGCAACCUAUGAGGUAGCAUAAUGAGUUCUCAUAAUGUCUUAAUAUUCUGGUGAGUUUCAUAAUAUUGAUGUUUUACUUGAAAUCCACUGAAAACUGUAAGAAGGUGGAAAAUCUCAGUUUUCAUUUUAAGGGAUAUUUCUAGCCCACAUUAUUUCAGAGAGUAUUGGAAAAGUGAUUUCAGCAUGUUUAGAGAACUAAAAAAUGUAAAGACCAAUAAUCUGUAAGCCACGUCCUAAUUCCUGAGUGGAAGGAGAAACAAACUCAGUGGUUUUGAAUGUUUGGAGCUGGCAAUAGUAAAAACCUCAAUAGCAGAGAUUUUCCAUUUAUAGUGCAACCCAAAAAUAUCAGAAAAAUGGCAUAAUCCUGCAAUGUCAUUUCAGAUGGAAGGAAACUAAAAGAUCUCAGAGCAAAUACCAUAUUAAAAUGUGGAGCUAUAGCUGUGAUAUUUCAAUGUUGGUUUUGUAAUGUUGAGGUCUUUGUGUGCAAAGGCAUAGGAAAAUUUCAGAUUCCUUUUGUCACCUUCCUCAUAGAUUCCUGGUCCUGCCUGCAAGUUAAUUCAGUCUUUGUUGGCCAUUUAUAAUAUCUAACAUUCAGGUUAUGAUUAAGUCCCAGCUAAUUUUUCUCUAGGUAGAGUGCUUAUCUGAACGAAUAUUUUGAUUGUGUAUUUUAGAAAAGAGGUGUCAUGUCUUAUUCUGGUUAAGACAAGAGUUUCAACUCUUUUUAAGCAUUAAUAUUAGCGCAAUUUGAAAAGAAGUCAGUGUCUAAAAUAUUCCUCUGAGAUUUUUAAUACUAUAUUGAUACAUGUAUCAAAUAAAGCUUCUUUUUGUAGUAGAAUGUUUGUAUGAGAAUGAUGAUAUUGUAGCUGUUUGGCUUCUUCAGGGCCAUCCUUAUGAGAAAAACAAAAUAUAUGAAAAGACCUUAUUAGCUACAUGUAUUUAAUAUAGACAAUGGAUUUAUCUUCUGUAAAAAUAUCUGUGUCAUGAUAUUAUAGGAUACUGUCUCUUUCUUGUUUAAAAAAAAAGAAAAAUAAAAAUAUCAGCCAACCUCUCAGAGCACUGUAAGCUGUAUGGUUUUCUAUCGCAGUUCAUUCAUUGGUUAAGUGAUAAGACCAAAGACUGACACUUCUAUUAUAUCUAACACUAUGACACUGCUGCUUCUACUAAUUCUGUUGGAAUGAAGAGAUAACAAGUUGUAAUUACAACAUGAAAUUUUAACAUAGUUUAGAUUUGUGCAGCAUUUUGAGCUGUAAAUUGUUCACUUUUUUUUUUUCCAGGGUUUAAAUUCCUUUGUCAGUGUGGUGCAAUUACAUUACUGUUCAUGCAUACAAUGAUCUUUUGGUAUUCCUAAGAAAAUGAAAGAGUAUGUAUUCCAAAAUAUGCCAAGACAUUGCUUGUUUCAACUGAAGUUGUACUAUUUUGCUUGCAAAAGAGUGGCUUAACUGGAUAAUGGGAUUCACUUUGAACUAUUUUAGAUGCAGAGGGCUAUUAAGUCUGGAUUGAAGUUACAGCUGUAAAUGUCUAGAAGGAUUUAAUGAAGGAUGGUUAAGACAUGCAGUUGCUAACACCAUGUAUUAUUUUUUAUAGGUUUUUUUAGAUUCUAAGACAUUGUCUAAAUAAAAAUAAAACAUAAAACCCCCAAAACAUUAGACUAUGGAUUUGUUAUCAGCUGAUUCACUGUAAUGCAUAUGUAAGUUGGUUCGAAGUUUGAGUGUCAUAUUGUUUCAGUCAGUACUCAGUAAAGGUCUGCUAACCAUUUUCGUUUUGUAAUCUUCAUGUUAAUUAUUUUCUUGUGUAUAUAAAUAUACAAAAAAAAAAAAAGAUGGGAACUAUUUUCUUAUACAUUCUAUGCAAUAUAUUUGUAAAACUGCAAUAUUACCAAAAUUACAAAAGCUGUGCUUUUGUACUCUCUUGCUUUAUGUAAAACAAAUUGUUUUUCUAUUUAAUGGACUGUCUGUCUUAUAAUUGUAGAUAGUUAUUCAAAAACAGUACAUUGAACCUUUAAGAUUUUUUAUUUUAUUUUCCUUGGACUUUUUGUUUUAUGAAAAUUAUAGCAAGGUUUUGGAAGUUGGAAAUUGCUUUUUCUUGAAAAGCUAGAUCUUUUAAAGCAUGUAGUUAACACAGUCAGUUUGAAAUCUCUCCUGUAGUACUUUCAUUUGGCCUUAGCAUUUUCAUCUGGUUCUAAUAUAUAACCAUAAAUAAAUGUGAUACAUAGAAUAGGAAACAUAUCAGAACCCAUUUCAAGAAUAAUCAAGCAGGAAACUUUCUGCCUUUCUAAGAGUGAGAGGAAGAUGUAGGAUAACUGAUGAGAAAUUUUCAGUUUUUCUGUAUAUUUUAAUUUGAUAGAUUUUUUUGUUAGUAUGCUUUUCCUUACCUAUGUCUACAUUAGCCAUACGAUAAUAGCUUUAUUUUGUUUUUCACUUUUUAUCCUCACACACAUUACGCUAGAGUUUUAUUUAAAAAAAAAAAAAAAAAAACACAAAUCACUGCAUUUAAAUGCAAUACAUGGGUUAAGAAAAAACAAUUUUAAAGAAGUGUAGGUUUUAUUUUUACAUCAGCAUUAUUAAAUUUAAAAUAACAGUGCUGCAUCUCAUCUACUCAACACUCAAGAUCCUUUGUAUCUUGCCAGAAUAAGCAUAAGCUGUGCGUUUAUGUUUAAACUACACCAAUUUACAAGCCACUUGACUUCUAUGACAAUUAGACGGUCAUGGAAAAGGCCUUGCAGUGAUGUCAUCAAUGUAAAGAAAUCCUUUCUAUGGUUAAACUGGUAAGCAUCAGUCACGCUAACAGCACAGCCUUUGAUAAAAGGCAGAUUGAGGAUUUCAGUGCUUUGUUUGCACUGAGCUCCUUGAUGCCGUGCUGCAAUUUUAGCAAUAUCCACAGUAGCUGGCUACAUCAUGCCUACAAAAAUUAUAAUUUCUGUACAAGAGCAACAGUUGUAAAGAACUUUCAGUAAAGUACAUCCUGGUAAACAUCAAGUGACUAAAACAUGAUAGCUGAUAAAGCAAGAAAAAUUACUCUUAGCCAUUUUAUUCAGUAGUAUUUGAUCUUGAACCAAUACUGUUCUUUUACAGGCCAGGCCAAGGAAAAGUUUCACAAGCGCAAAGUAAAAGCAUAUAUUGUCCAUCUGAUCUGACUAGAGAAAAUAUUACAUAUACCACAAAUAAGUUUAGCCUCCUUACCUGAGGAAAAAAAAAAAAAAGAUGAAAUUAGAAAAUUUCUCUCCCUUUUGGGAAAACUUAAAUCUUUUAGGCCAGUUGACCCUUCUAAGGAGUGUCCAGCUCUUCCAGUGCCUCACAUUCUGUUGUGUUUAAGCACUGAGAGUCAUUUAUAUUUAAAAAAAAGCUUUUGGCUUAAUCAAGUUCGUUUAAUGAAUUACUUGACCUGAGAAGGAGAGGUGUCUUUUAAUCACGUGUAUAACUCCUUGUUGGUGAGACCUGUGAGGGAGAAAGGCAGCUUCCAGCAUCAUCUAGAGAACAGUGAAGAAUUAGACUUAGGCAUUAGGGAAGCAUUCCUGAAGGCAAGGCAUUUUGUUUUCUGUGCUUCAUGGUUGAGAGCUUGCAUACAGUCAUUCUUCACUGCUAAGAAAUCUGCUUUCUAGCACAAUAAUCUAUUUCUAAGCAUAUGAUUCAGAAGUAUUCUGAAAAAAUAUGCAUCAUUGUUUUCUUUCUAGAUGAUGUUUACUCAGUUUUCUUGUCCCAAACGCUACAGCAUUUAGUGAAAGUGAAAUCCCCCCCAUUAUCUCCCACACACUCUUUUUCAGCUGUUUCAGUUCUCUCCCUUAGCCUUCUCCUCUCUUCCCAAAUAACAAAAGAAUAGACAACAGAAAGAUUUAUCUAAGUCUCUUUAUCAGACUUCUUCCUGUGUAACAUACUGGAACUGUAUCAAAGGGGAAGUUUCUACCAAAGAGGAAGAUUAUUUGCUUUGUGAAAACAAAAGUUAUGUAAGGAGGAAAAGAAACACAGGUAAAUAUCAAUUUUAGUCUGACUUAGUAGAAUAAAUAGUGAAAGGUUUUGGACUAUAAACUUCUCAAUAAAUUUGAAUUUCUCAUAAAUUUUUAUUCAAUUAAUUUAUUUAAAAUAUUGGAAAAUAAAUAUGCAAACUAUCCUACGCUGUUACAUUUUUCACUGAGCUCAUUAUUGGUUUGUGUGAUCUUUGGGAGAUUGGGAGCUACUGCUGACAAAGGAGAUACAGUAUCUGUGUAUUAGUAGUAGUAGAAGCAGCUGUGAUACCAUCUUCCACGCUAUAGCGGAACUGAACAAGGUGUGGGGGCAUGUACUCAUGUGAGGAGGAAGGUUCUCCUACAGCAGUUUGAUGUUGUGAAGGCAACAGUCAGGAUGCUUUCCAGCUCCAUGCUUCCAGGGUGAAUAAGACAUGGCAUUACACUAGCCUUGGAUGGACAGACAGACAGAAAGGCAGUUGGUUUUGAUCUGUAUAGGAAUGGGUAGGACAGAGAUGCAUAGGUAGUAAAUCCAAACCAGCCACGUUGCAACAACACACAAUUGAAAUAUAGUUGAGAUCUGGAUUUUUUUUUUUUUUUUUUUGAGUGAAAAAAACAGUCACUAAACUAGGAAAUGGUGAAAAAUUCCUUGUCUUUGGGUUAGGUUUUAAGUGUUCAUUAGAAGUUUGUGCAAAAAAAAAAAAAAAAAUCUCGUGACUUUUUCACACUGUAUUUCUAAAAUACAUCAUUAACUUUAGUAUAAUUUUCUCUCUGAAAAUUGUUCCCACCUCCAACUACAGGUACCACUUUCACUCCGACACAUGGAGAGCUCUAAAUGAUAAAUGAUCGUCCAGUCUUUGCUCAUAUGUCAAAAGCAAAUUAACAACUUAUGAGAUGUCCAAGAUGAGACAUAAAAGGAAAUGGUAAAAACAUAUAUUGUCACUGCCUUUUCAUAUUUCAGCUCAGUUUUCUCCUUGUGGUGAGGGACCUGCAGUGCUUCUGGAAGCAAUAGAUUUGAUAUUCCUGAUUUCAUUUCUAAAGAGAUGCUGCAGACCAGGCUGGUUCCAUUCCCUCCUCCACAGGGGAGUUAAAUUAAGGAAAUUAAUCCUUACCACUGGGGUUUGAGCUUGAGUUUUGUCACAGAGUCUAUCUUUAGACUUUCUGUAAUCCCUAUUUUUAAGUGUAAAGGGGAGAGAAAAAUCUGAUGGCAGCUACUAAAACUGACAGUACUCAUGGCUGCAGGUAGUGGGUUAUUGCUGGAGAUGAUCAUUACUGCUACAGUGGAGAGAAAUGCAGGGAGAGAGAGGGAACAUAUAAACAAAAUAUUAAACAGAGAAAGACCAUGGAAAGAGAAUAAGGGCAUGUAAAAAAGAGACAGAGAGGGGUAUUAAAAGAGGUUUACAGCUCAAAGGAGAAGACAGUAAUUUGGUGUUAAAAUUUCUCUUUACCUCUCUGGCUUCAUCAAAUAUGGCAUGCCUAAAGCACAGGAAGCAGAGGAAAAGUUUUGAGAUACCAUUGAUUCAGAAAUAAUUUCCAAGAACAGAAAAGUGGUACUCACAAGAAUGGUACAGGCAAUAUCAGAAAACUUCUGUUGCUACUCUGGCCAUGAUGAGAGGCACAGCUGUGGAUCCUGUAUGGCUGUGGAAGCUAAAUAGAAGACAGAAGGCUAUGUGUAGAAAAGGGCAGUCCUUGAAGAAGAGGGAAGGCACGAAGUCUUACAUUAGCCUAUAACAAUAUAAAUAGAAAAUAGAUGGUGUGCGAACUCAAAAAUGAAGUAUAGCCCACGGGUUUGUGUGAUUUUUUGUUUUGUUUUGAGAGCGGUUUUUUGAGGUAAGAGUCUGAACAGUGAGGUAUUUUCUUUUGUUUGUUUGUUUGUUUGUUUUUUGUUUUAAACGGCACCUAGGAACAAGCACUGACUUGUAUUGUGAUUUCUUUCACAGCAGCCAAGAAAUAGAUACGUAUAUGUAAAAAUAUAUAGGAAAACAGGCCUACUUACAAGUAUUUCAGAAACAACAGCAGCUUUCUUGUGUUAUGAAAGGUUGAUUCACCAGCUAAAGUAUUGGGCUGGUAAAAGGUUUCAUUUGUGUUGGGUUUCUUUUUUCUUUUUCGAACACAAACUACAUUUAUGUCUACCCACAUCACAUUUUACAGUUUUAGAGCCCAGAUGUGUCCUCAUGUCACUUUGUAAAGAUAUAGCUUAUAUCUCUAGUUAUAAAUUAGAUCAUAUGCUGUGCAAAUUUUACAUAAGGGUAUUUAAUUCUCUAUGGUGACUUUUGCCACCUUGUCUUCAUGUUUUCUAACAUAAAGUUCUGGACUACAGUAGACCUACUAAAAAUCUGAUAUUAAAUUAUUGGUACUUCCAUUUAUCUUUGGGAAUCUCUAGAACAUUGUACCAGUCCUUUCUACAGUGCUGUGAUAAUAAACAUCUCUUCUCAUGCAUGUUAGCAUAUUUUUGUGAGCAAGUCACCACAGGAGUAAUCAGAUUACUGGAGCUGCUUCCUAAAAUGAUUUGUUUAUUUACCUCCAGUUUCCAAAAUCUUGCAUGGCUUUAAUAUAAUGUAAGGUUUAUCUUUUAAUUUAACUACAGUACAUUAUGUACUUUUUAAGAGAUUUAAAUUAUAUAUCUAAACCACAAAACUUUAUUAAUGGCCAUAUGUUUCUGAGAACUGAAAGGGAAAAAUACAUUUAAAUCCCAUUGUCUCACAUUUUACAGAACAGUAUAAUUUCAGUCAAUUUAGGCAAUUUUCCUAUCUAUUUUUAGGAAACCUAACAAGCAAACAUUUAAUUAAAUUUGACACUGUACAUUUUGCCUAGCAAAUAUCACUUCGGUCAGACUAUUGUGGUGACAAAGUAUUUACAUUCCAAAGAAAAAAUUCUAAAUGGUGUAUUAUUCCCUUUUAGAACUAUAUAAUGUAUUAUCAUGUUGUGAGUAUGAAAAGUUAUAUCAAUUUUUAAAUACAUGUAAAUAAAAUUCUUAAUAUAAACUUCUGUGAAAUGUGCACCUUCAAUUUAUUGAACUUUUCGAUUAACAUAAUUAAUCUAGAAAAUUAGUUCAGCUGUAUGCUAAUUUUCGUAUUUUAUGUUGGUUGGCAUUGUCUCACAUAUCCUUUGUAUGAGUGCGAUAUACUUUUUGAUGUUUGCAACACUUUUUUUUGUGCAGGGUGCAUACAUUUUUGCUCUAUUAUUUAAUGCAUAUCAGCUUAUCCUCUGGAUUUAUUUAUCCUGAAUGCAGUUUUGUCACUAUACUUAACAUUUAGGUUAAGCUCCUUCAAAGCUCUGAAUAUGUAUUUAACUAUGUGAGUCACUCCAGUAAACUUAAUAGAAGUUCUGAAGUUUGAAGUUAGGAGCAUGAUAAAAUAUUAUGCUGGAUCAGUCUCCAUAAAUCAAGCAAAGUAAUUCAGUACCCUGCAGAUCUAAAAAUUACUUACUAUAAAAUAACAAAAGUGAAAGACUCUUCUGAAUAUUCUACAGUGAUUCACUUAGUUUAGUUGAAAAGAUACAUUAAUCAAUAUUUCCACUUUCAGAUCUGUGUGUGACUUUGAUGCACCACUGUUUGUCUGCAUCAUACCCAUUUUUACUUUUUAUUUGAAUUAUAUCAGCAUCUAUUAUGUUGAAAGUAUUUUCUGCAGGUCCUAAAAAGCCCUGCUGACAUUACAUGAACAUACUCUACCAUGUCUUUGAGGAUAAGUGCCAUUAAUCAACAAAGCAAAUUGGUGGUGUUUGGCUAUGUUUCACAUACACAGCUCUAGGAAUGGUCUGUAUUUGAGGCUUUGAAACAUGGAUAAAACCUUUAACCUGCACAUAAAGGACAAAAGCAGCUUGAUUCCACAAUUCAUCUCUUGCAGUGCAGUUUGCUCAUCCUGAUGCUCUCAUACUAAAAUAGUCUUCCCAGACACAUUGGAUGGUGUGAAUGCACAUCAUCAGGCAAUGAACACCCCUAAACUCCACAUGCUAGGCUGAAGAAAAUCAAUUUAAAUUCUCAAGAGAUGAAGGUAGUGCAGAUGGCCACAGUAUAUUGCCAGCUGUUCCACAACACCGAAGUCUUGGAGAGGGAUUUAAAAAACAAACAAGAAAUUGGUUUGUAAAUUGUAACAAGCUACUGAGCUGCAUGACUGCCCUAUUUAUUAUCACGGGACACAGGAUAGCUCAGACAAAUGGAAAAUGGAGUUUUCUUUACAUCUAAAAUAAUCAGUAAUCAUGGUAUGGUAGAAGGGAGAAGAGGAAGUAAAUAACAGGUUUCACAGCCUUGCCUCCAUGAAAAUGUCAGCUCUGUAAUAUAAGAUUUUGUAUGGGAAGAUCUGGCUAUCAGCUGUGUAAGAAAUGACUGUCAGCUGUACUCUAGGGAGAAGAAUUUCCUGAAAAAGAUUUUUAGUUGUGUGUUUUCAAUCAUGGUGAUUACUCUGCUCAUGCCUUCUCUUUUUCUACCCAUUAGUCUUCUAUCUCAUUAGGAUCCUUUCUGUAAGAAUCUCUAGUAAAUACUAAGAUUGUAAAAGUUCUCCAGAUUAAUGGCCUAACCUUCUCAAGUUUAAUAAAAUAACACAUGGAAGUAAUGUUUCAUUUUAUAAA